AUGGCCCUAUUUCUGAAGGCCGCCUUGGCCCCGAGCAAUAGUUUCCUUUUUCCAAUCGUCGCUCUUUGUUCGUCCCUGUUGCUAUGGCGCUUUUGGAGGUUCGUGAUUCGUCCAAAGCUGCGUCCGCUCGACCCUAAGGAGCUUCCAUAUUGGAUUCCGAUAGUUGGACAUGCUGCUGCGUUCUUCAACAACUCAUACGUGUUGCUGAGAAAUGGCGACAAAUACUUCCGCGGCUCCAAAGAGUCAUACGCUGUUGAGGUCAUGGGUCAGACAAUCUAUGUAGUGACAUCCGCCCGCGACAGCGCCGAGAUCUACAAGAACACCACCACGAUGUCCUUUGAGAUCUUCGUGCGCAAAUUCAUCCGAAGCUGCGGAGCUAGCGACGAACUUCUAGACCGACUGUACGGCGCGCCUCCUCUCGCCGGUGAUGUCGAGAGUCGGUCACUCGGCGAUAAAACGCAUGACUUUCAUGGCAUGCAGCUCUUCCCGGGUGGUCAUCUACCGGAAUUCACGGCCAUCUUCAAAGAAUUCCUAGAGGACUCAGUUCGGAUGGAUAGGCUACCGGGAAAGCGUUAUAUCACGGCUUCUGGGGAAGGCUGGGUGAAUCUGAGACUGAUGAAGUUUGUCUCCGAUUAUUUCGUGGACGCGGGCCAACGGACGUAUUUCGGUAAACGUCUGGGUGAGAUUGAUCCGGAUCUGAUCUGGACAUUCCUCGAGCUGGAAGACCGAAGUUGGCAGAUUCUGUACGAGAUUCCCGCGGUGUUUGCGAGGAAGGCGCACGCGGCAAGAGACGGGAUUAUCGAUGCUAUUCAGAAAUGGUUCGAGACGCCGCCUGAAGAUCGGCCGGAUGGAUCGUGGUGGAUGAACACGAUGGAGGCAGAGAUGAAGGCCUUGGGGUUCAACACUCGCGAGAUGGCCACGACGGUGGUUCCGAUUUAUAUUGGGAGCAACACCAGCACCCGGAAAGCCUGUUUCUGGCUCCUUGCCUUCCUUCUCUUCAACCCCGAACUCAUCGAAAUUGUACGUGAGGAGACCAAACCCGCGCUGAGUAACGGCCCCGUGGACCUCGAAUACCUCAAGAACAACUGUCCCCAGCUCAACGCCAUCUGGAUGGAAACCCUUCGCAUGGCCACCUCCGCCGCGUCCUUCCGCUUCCUAACCGAGGACACCAUGGUCGGUGGCAAUCUCCUGAGGAAGGGAAACCGAGUACUCGUGCCCAGUCGUCAAUUGCACUACGACACAGACGCGUUCGGCGACGACGUCCAGGCCUUCAACCCGGAGCGGUUUCUAACGGGGAACAAGCUGACCAUGGGCCGGAACUGGAAGCCUUUUGGUGGUGGAAAAAAUCAGUGUCCUGGGCGGUUUGUGGCCCAGCAGCAAACAUUCUUGUUCGUCACCUUGUUGCUGCAUCGUUUCGAUAUCGAGAUGUUGCCUGGUCAGAGCUUUCCUAGGUGGGCGGAGGGGGACCCAUUUCCGGGCAUGAUGCCAGCGAAGAAUGGUGAUGAUUUGAUUGUUAGGGUGACUGAAAGGAAGGCGGUAUAG